AUGCCAAUCUACCUCAAGCAGCGCUGGAACGCCUACACUGACUUGGAUCCAGUGACUUAUGCCGUUUGGGCAAUCUAUGAGAAUGCCAAAGUAUUCUAUCUCGAGGGCCGAUAUGGCGACCUCUUCAGCUUCCGGAAGCUCCAAGACGCUGGCUUCCACCUGUGGUACAGCACAAUAAACCAUUUCGUUAACCAAUUCGAGAGCACGACGUCCAUUGCCACACUUGUGCCCCAGUGCGAGGGCGUGGUCCUGGAGCUCGGCCCCGGGAUGGGCAAUCAAAUUGUCCGCUACGACAAGAACAAGGUCACACGCGUCAUUGGUGUCGAGAGCAAUCCGCACUUUCGGCCAGACAUUGAAGCACAGGCCGAAAAGGCCGGCCUAGGUGGCGUGUAUGAGCUGGUGACGUGCGGCGCCGAGGAGAGCGACGUGCUGGAGCGCAACGGCAUCGGCGCCAGCAGCAUGGACACGGUACUGAGCAUCCAGGUGCUCUGCUCGGUGCGAGACGAAAAGGCCAUGGCGAGGGAGAUUCACCGCGUCCUGAAGCCGGGUGGCAAAUUCAUCUUUUGGGAGCACCAUGUGAGCUCCGACUGGAUCACCCGUUUGUACCAGAACGUGACCAAUCCAAUCUGGCGCAGACUGAUUGGCGGGUGCUGCCGAAACAAGGACAUGUACGCUGCUCUGGCCGCGGCCGGCCAGUGGGAGAAUUUCAAGAGCAUCGAGGGAGACGCGGAUCCUGGGAAGCCUUGGGUGACACUUCCACGCAUGUGGGGAGUGCUCGUCAAGGCUAAAGAGUGA